AUGGAGAUUACAGAAGAAGAGAUGGCGGUCGUCUAUGUCGGCCUAACCCGCAUGGUGACCCGAACCGCCAUGGCAGAGCUUCGUAUCGUCGGCCGCCUAGGACUUGUAGCGUAUGGCGCAAUCAUUAAAGGUCGAGUUUACAGUCCUGUACUCCGAAGCCGCGGCGGUGGCGACGACGGGUAA